AGCCGCUAACAGAUGUCGCCCUACGUCGUCUAGCACACGGUAAUGAAAACUACAAUGCAGUGUAAUGUUAUGGUUCUUGUGUAUAGACAAUAUACGAUUGGUACGCCCUCUAUAUAGUGUUUUAUUACUAAACCUAUUUUAGUGGAAUUUUUUGGGAUUUAUACAUGGUCCUUCGAGUGUACCGACAAACUGGUGCCUUGUGGUUGACUGUGACUAAGUCCGUUCAGCGCUUGUCUGAGGUGAUCGGUACUGUUCAUAGUACCGAGGGGAGCACCCCCUUUUACACCUACUUGGGCCUGAACUGUUGCUGCUGAGGGGAGCACCCCCUUUGACGCCCAACCGGUACGGAAGAAGUAGGCGGCGGGGAGCACCCCCUUGGUCACCUGCCCGGAGAAGAGCAGCUAUUGCAGAGGGGAGCACCCCCUUGGACACCUGUCUGGAGACGAGCAGCGAUAGCAGAGGGGAGCACCCCCUGAGUCACCUGUCACUGUCAUCAAGUGUCACCCGUCAGUGUCGUCAAGAUUGACGCUGUCACAGCAGUCUACGAGUCAAAAGACAAGUAACGUCACUUGUCAGAUGUCAAGGAGCUAAGUGUGUGUGUAUGUGUGGGACAAUUACCGAACAUUAACCGUGAGUACAAUUUUAGACUUUAAGUAUAAGAAGUAUUUAACUUAGAAAAAUUCAAGAUAGAAGAUAUUUGGACUUAGUAAAAUUCAAAGUGUUUGUUUAGGACUUAGAAUAAUUAGUUGAAAAGUGAUCCGACGGGGAACCUAUGCCCGAUUUCAAAGUGAUUUAAAUGUGUUCAAAGACUUAGAAUAAUUUUAUCAAUACAAUCUUGAAAUUUUGUGCAUUAUUUUUUCUGAUUAGAUUUUUAUAUUGUUUUUUUUUUAUAACCAAUUGUAAAUUGUUAUCUUGUAAUCAUGGGUGAUAAUUAUAUUAAGCUUCAGGAUGAUAUUUUUACUAAAAUCGAACGAAAUUUAUGUAACUACAAAAAGUCUCCAAAGGAGAGAAUAACUAUUGGUUAUCUUGAAACGCGUUUAGAAGCAUUAGAGAAAUUAUGGUCGUCUUUUUUCUCUAAUCAUCAGAAAAUUGUGUAUGAAAUUAAAAAAGAUGUAUUGAUGCAAAAUGAUUAUACUGUAAAUGAAGUCUUUGAUAACUGCGAGGAGAUAUAUUUAGAUUAUAAGUCAUUGUUAAAAGAUAAAUUGUUAACAUUAAAAAAAUCAAAUGAUGGAUCCUCUGAAAAUAAAACAUAUCAAAGUAAUGUCAAAUUACCUAAAAUAGAGAUACCUAAAUUUAGUGGUAGAUAUUCAGAGUGGCCAAGUUUUAGAGAUUUAUUUAUUUCUUUAAUUCAUAAUGAGAGUGCAAUUGACAAUGUACAAAAAUUGCACUAUCUUAAGGGUUGUCUCACGGGGGAGGCAGAGCAGUUAAUAAGAAAUUUGUCAUGUACUGCGGAGAAUUACUCAAUUUGUUGGCAGCAGUUGGAAAACCGAUACAAUAAUAAAAAAAUUCAGGCUAACUGUAUAUUAAAAAGAUUAACAAGUCAAAAGGUUUUGUUGUCUGAGUCAUCAAGUGCUAUAAGAAAUUUGUUAGAUACUACUAUUGAAUGUUUAAGUGCUUUAAAAAAUUUAGGAAUUGAUACAAAUAGUUGGGAUAUCAUUGUCAUAUUUCUCAUAAGUCAAAAGUUGGAUUCAGAAUCUCGCAAACAAUGGGAACAGAGGGCAACUGAGACUUCUGAAUUACCAACUAUGACAUCAUUCGUUGAAUUUCUCCAGAAUCGGUUCAGGUCCCUAGAGUAUUUGGAUCCAAAAUGUAUAAAAUCUGAAAAGCCUACUUGUGCUCAUAUUGCCACUUCUAGUAUGAAUUGUUUGUUUUGCUCAGAGAAUCAUAAAUUAUUUAAUUGUAAGAAAUUUUCUAAAGAAACAGUUGACUCACGGCGUAGUUUUGUCCAAACCCACCAUUUAUGUUUUAAUUGUUUAACACCAAAUCAUUCAGUGUAUCAAUGCAAUCGUUCUACAGGUUGUCGAAUUUGUAGAAAGAAGCACCACACUUUACUUCACACAAAAUCUCCCAAAUCGGCAAGCUCAAUGCAAGCCGAACAACCUGGUGAAGGAAGUACUUCGGUAGUAGGGAAUGUUAUUCAUUCUUCCCAGGCUAAAGGGGAGGGUACCGAUCGUCCUAUUUUAUCUUGUUUUGCUAACACAACCAAUCAAGUUUUGUUAGCUACUGCCUUAGUGAAGGCAGCAUCACAAACUAAUGCAACUAUGGUUGUGUUGAGGUCCUUGAUUGACCAAGGGUCUCAAGCCUCAUUUAUUACAGAGGCUGCAGUUCAACAGCUUGGUCUCAAAAAGUAUUCCGAGACCAAUUUGAUGUCAGGUUUAGGCGGUGACCAGAGUUCAACUUUGUUAUCAAAGUCGUCUGUAGUUCUUAAAAUUCAGUCCCGUCUAGAUCCGAGCUUUGUCAUCACAAUCAAGGCUCAUGUUUUAAAGAAAUUGACGACAUUCUUACCUAGUAAGAAGGUCGAUAUUCAGACGCUACCAGCCCUUACGUCACUACAGUUAGCAGAUCCUUCUUUCCACACACCUAGCAAAAUAGAUCUUUUGCUGGGCGCUGAUGUGUAUAGCCAGAUUUUGUUGAAGGGUUUAGUCAGGGGUCCGCCAGGUACUGUAAUUGCUCAGCAUACAGCGCUUGGUUGGAUCCUCUCUGGCAAAAUGCACAAUGAGGGUAAUUCUGUAGUUGAAGACGAUGCCUGUAACAAUGUUGUUAGCAUGCAUUUGACGCAGUGCAAUGAGAACGAGUUGUUAAAAAAAUUCUGGGAGUUGGAAUCUGAAUCAAGCAAACCUAAGAAGUAUUUCACUCUAGAGGAAGAGAAUUGUGAAAGGUUAUUUAAAGAAACUACUUCUAGGGAUGAAACUGGAAGAUUUAUUGUAAAACUUCCUUUUAAGUCAAAUAAUCCGCUAUGUAAAUUUGGUAACUCCAAAGAUAUUGCUCGUAAGCGGUUUCUUAUGUUAGAAAAACGCUUAAUUAAGAACCCUAGUCUUAAAAUUGAGUAUUCUAAGGUAAUCAAGGAAUAUCUUGAUCUAGGACAUAUGGAAGAAGUGUUGGCAGAGGAUGUGGAUAAACCAAAUGCUGUUUAUCUCCCACAUCAUGCGGUGAUACGUCAAGACAAAACCACGUCUAAAGUUCGAGUGGUUUUUGACGCUUCCUGUAAAGGCUCGAACGGGGUUUCAUUAAAUGAUGAUUUGAUGGUUGGUCCAACACUUCAGCCCGAGUUGCGCCAUUUGCUUAUGCGGUGGCGUUGUUAUCCAAUUUCACUUGUCGCAGAUAUUGUGAAGAUGUACCGACAAGUGAAAGUGGCGGAGAGUGAUACAGACUAUCAACGCAUAUUAUGGCGCGAUGAUCCAAAUGAUGAUUUAAGGCAGUUUAGAUUAUUGAGGGUUACAUUUGGUACAUCAUCGGCACCAUAUUUGGCUGUGCGAACUCUUCAAGAAUUAGUUCAUAUGGAUGGUGAAGAUUUUCCGCUGGCUUCAACCAGAAUACUAAAGGAGUUUUAUAUGGAUGAUUUAAUGUCUGGAUGUCAUACGGUAGACGAAGGUGUUCAAAUUUAUGAAGAAAUGAUAGAAUUACUCAAGCGUGGUGGAUUUCCAUUGCAAAAGUUUUCCAGCAAUAAUAAGGAAUUGCUCAAAGAGAUUAAAGCGGAAAACAGCGAGUCGGAUCACAGCAUGGAAAUUAAAAUCGAUGAAGUUAUGAAAAUACUAGGACUUACCUGGAAUAGAGAAGAGGACAGAUUUCACUUCACUGUAAAACUUUCUUCAGUGGAGUCACCAAUAACCAAACGAAAGGUUAUUUCAGACAUUGCUCGUCUAUUCGAUCCUUUGGGUUGGAUAGCGCCAGUUGUAACCAAGGCUAAGAUAUUUAUCCAACAGCUAUGGUUAUCGGGCAUUGAAUGGGAUAGCGAGCUUCCUAAAUCAUUACUUAAAGACUGGUUAGGGUUCAGGAAUGACUUGAAAUCUCUUGCAGAGGUUCGCAUUUCCCGAUGGAUACGAUCGAGUUUAAGCGAUCAAUGUCUAGAACUGCAUGGGUUUUGCGAUGCAUCAAAUGCAGCCUUCGCAGCUGUUGUUUAUGCUCGCAUAAUAGAUAAUAGUGGUAAUGUGCAUGUGAAUUUGGUUACUUCUAAAACUCGUGUAGCACCCGUAAAACAGAUCUCAAUUCCACGUCUUGAACUGUGUGGAGCUGUUUUGCUUGCACGACUUUUAGAUGAAGUUAGUCUGGUUCUUGAGGUUCCUAAGCAUCAAACUCACGCUUGGACAGAUUCUUCUAUCGUCUUGGCUUGGCUUAGGAGCCAUCCAAGUCGAUGGAAAACUUUCAUUGCCAACAGAGUGUCCGAAAUACAUACCUUGUUGAAUGCGAGUCAGUGGUCACACGUUGUGUCGAAGGAAAAUCCCGCUGAUUGUGCCUCCAGAGGAUUAUCUGCAACAGAGUUUAUACACAAUGACCUCUGGAAACUGGGACCUAAGUGGCUAUACAGAAGUACUAUUGAUUACAGCAAAGGAGAAGACGAAGACACAAAUCUGGAAGAAAGAAAACAUAAGAUUAGUAGUCACACUGUAACGAGUAAUAAAGAAGAUAAUAUAAUUUCGAGAUUUUCAUCUCUAAGAAAACUUACCAGAGUGUUGUCCUUCUGCCGUCGAGUGUUGCACUGGAAUAAACCUGAAAAAGAAAAGAACAUUAGUAAGAUAUUAACUGCUAAAGAAAUACAAGAAACACUUUUGAUAUGUAUUAAGAUAUGUCAAAGGGAACAUUAUGAUGAAGAAAUUGAAAAUUUAAAGAACAAUGAAAAACUUAGUAAAAAGAGUAAACUUACCUCGUUGAAUCCAUUUUUGGGACGGGAUGGUGUACUAAGAGUAGGAGGACGGUUGCAUAAUGCUGCUUUGUCAGAUGAUAUGAAGCAUCCUAUAAUCAUUCCACACAAAUCACAUCUGACUUACCUGCUUAUACACGACGCUCAUGAAAGAACUCUUCACGGUGGCCCACAGCUUGUACUUAACUAUUUAAGGAGCAAGUACUGGAUCGUAGGAGCUAAAAGUGCAGUAAAGCAAUUCAUUAAAAAAUGUGUAACCUGUAUUCGCCAUUCAGCCCAGGUGAAUCAACAGAUGAUGGGACAGUUACCAGUGUCCAGAGUUACAGCACAUAGACCUUUUCUUAGAAGUGGAGUGGACUACGCCGGUCCAAUUAGCAUUCGUACCACUAAGGGUCGUGGACAUCAUGCUACGAAAGGGUAUAUCUGUCUUUUUAUAUGUAUGGCUACACGUGCCAUCCAUUUGGAAGUGGUCAGUGACAUGACUUCUGAAACCUUUUUAGCAGCGUUUAAGCGUUUUGUUGCUCGCAGAGGUCACGUCACUGAGCUUUGGAGUGACAAUGGCACUACUUUCGUUGGCAGUGCACGAGAGCUCAAGAAUUUAUUGCAGGCUGAAAGGUCUACGGUUACGGAGGAUAUAUUAGAUUAUUUAUCUUGUGUUGGUACUACUUGGCACUUUAUCCCUCCCCGUGCUCCAAAUUUUGGAGGACUGUGGGAAGCGGGUGUAAAGUCUACUAAGUAUCACCUCAAACGAGUGGUAGGGGACAAGACACUCACAUAUGAGGAAUUAUCUACGGUACUGGCACAGGUCGAGGCUUGUCUCAAUUCUCGACCUUUGACUCAGUUGUCCAGCAAUCCGGAGGAUCCUCAGCCUCUGACACCAGCACAUUUUUUAGUAGGUGAACCAUUAGUAACAGUACCUGAUGCUAAUUAUGAAAGGUCAAAUAUUAGUAGCCUAAAAAGGUGGCAGUUGGCUCAAAGGAUGGUUCAGGAUUUUUGGCGUAGAUGGUCGCGGGAGUACUUGACGCAACUGCACCAGAGGUAUAAAUGGAAGGUGAGUAUUCCAGAACCAGAGAUUGGGAGUGUUGUUCUAGUUAAGGAAGAUGAUUUGCCUCCAAAUAAAUGGCUUUUUGGUCUAAUUGUAGACAAACAUCCAGGUUUGGACAACCUAACACGUGUAGUCACUCUUAAGUACAAGGGACAUUUUAUCAAACGCCCCGUGUCUAAAUUAAUUGUGUUGCCUAUUAACAGUUAAGAUGGUAUACAUACAUAGAAGUUAUUUUAUUUUUUUUUAUGUGUACAUGAAAGGGCGGUAUUUUACUUUGUUUAAAUUUAUUUCAGUUUUGUUUACUUUGUUUAAUUUUUUUUUAUGUGUUAUAAUUAAGAUUUUGUUUGUAUUCAUUGUACGAUUGUUGUUUUGGCUGGACUACGUCCAUGGCGGCCGGUAUGUUAAAGCCGCUAACAGAUGUCGCCCUACGUCGUCUAGCACACGGUAAUGAAAACUACAAUGCAGUGUAAUGUUAUGGUUCUUGUGUAUAGACAAUAUACGAUUGGUACGCCCUCUAUAUAGUGUUUUAUUACUAAACCUAUUUUAGUGGGAUUUUUUGGGAUUUAUA